AUGGCAUUCAGAGGGUUAUCAGAUAAAUUAUUUACCCCAAAUAAUGGAAAAUUCUUAGGUCUUGUACCGUUAUUGGCAAAGUUUGAUCCAAUCAUGGAAGAGCACGUCAGACUGGCAUUGAAUGGUGAUUUGGCUGACAAUUAUUGCGUAAAUAGAUGGAAAAUUUUGACCGACCAUUUGAAGAUAUACACCCUGAAAAAUGUAAGUGACACACGCUGGGAAGCUCGAAUUGAUAGCGUCAAAGCGGUUCGUUAUCAAUUAUGCGAAAUGCAUGACGCUUUGGUUUCCUUGGCCGAUGCUACUGAACAAAGCGAUGCUGCGGUGUCACACGAAGCGACAACACUAGGAGGGCAAUUAAAAGACUUCAGCUUCAUUGUUUCUCUCGUGACAUGGUAUGAUGUUCUGUUUCAAAUUAACGUUGUGAGUAAAGCAAGUCAGUCACCCACAAUCAACUUUGUCGAGUUUAUGGGAAUCCUUGACAAAUGUUGCUCUUAUUUGGAAACAUAUAGACAAACAGGUUUCGAACAAGCUAUUGUAACAGCAACUGCACUGGCUUCGGAUCUUGAUACGCAGCCAUUAUUUAAACCACAAAUGCGAUUAAGACGUAUUAAACGCAGGCCGGGUGAAGAGGCUGUUGAUGAUCAAAUAACUGACCCAAAAAAGAAGUUUAAAGUAGAGUUUUUUAAUGCACUGUUGGACACCGUGCACAUAUCCAUGAAAGAAAGAUUUGAACAGAUGCAAGAAUUUUCUGCGACGUGGAGUUUCUUGUUUGACAUUAAAAAAAAUUAAAAUAAAGAAGAACUAAUACAAUGCUGUUAUAAAUUACAAGAAAAGUUAACUGUCAACAUGAAGUCAGAUAUUGAUGGAAAUUUGCUGUGCGACGAAAUUUUAGGCCUGCAACACUAUCUCGAAGACAGCCAGGCAACGCCUAUUGAAGCCUUAAACUUCAUAAAAAAGCAUAAUCUUCAAGAGUUAUAUCCCAACAUCUGGAUAACGUUACGUAUUUUGCUAACAAUACCAGUGACUGUCGCAAGCGGCGAACGCAGUUUUUCCAAACUGAAGUUGAUAAAAACGUACUUGCGGUCUACAAUGUCUCAAACAAGACUAACCAGUUUGGCCUCACUGUCCAUUGAAAAUGAAGUUGCAGAAAGCCUGGACUUUGCUAAUCUGAUCAGAGACUUUGCCGACAGAAAAGCGAGAAAAGUAAAAUUUUAG